AUGAAAGUUUUCGAAUCUGUCCUUGGAAUAAGCCUGAUCCUCAGCAUCCCGACUGUUUUGGGCGCACCAGCAGCCAUAGCGGACGAUGUCGAACCUUGCGGAAAGUUGGCUGGUCGUACCCAUGCACGCCCUCUGGAUGUUCUCGCAUGUUACAAGUCCUGGCCGUUCAACGAGACUAUUCGACAGAAUGUCUUGACAACACUCAGUCGCGUAUUCGACUUUUACACUUUCGAAAACUAUUACUUGGAUUCCCCGCAUCCAUUCGAAGGAUCGACGAGUGAUAUUCGAGCCCACAUCGAUCGCAUUAACAACACUGUCUACGAGAAUGAUUACGACUUCCACAAGGAUGUGUUAGAUUUUACCCUCCGCUUGAAUGACGCUCACACUCGUUACGUCCCCCAAUGCUACACAUCAUACCAAAGUGUACUCCCCACCCCAAUCACUUCUCUCUACGACCCAGAAACCGACGAACACUCGAUCUAUGUCGCACCCAAUGCUGUCGAGUUGAUGACACUCAUGGGCACCAAUUAUACUGACUAUUUCGACGAAAUCGGUUUCGACUGGAAACGCUUGGCUGGUGCCAAAGUCUUGUCUAUCGACGACAUGGACCCCUAUGACUAUGUGGACAAGAUUGCCAAUACGAUCUCCGGAAACUAUCUGGAUCAUGGCAUCCGCGUGAACCUGGUGUACACCAGUUACAGGAUUGCUUCCAACGAAUGGUCCCAGAGGGUCGGGGAUCUUGCUGGACCUAUCGAAGUGACUCGACCGGAUUUGCCAAUGAGAUUGAUCCCAGUCAACUCGACUGAGCCGGAGGAUGUGAGGGUGCCGUUCUACGCGCUGUUUAUUGGCUAUCCCUUUGAGGACCGAGAAUCUUUCUGGACAAUCAACUGUGCAGCGAAUGAAAACACCAACGGGGUGGAUUUCAAAGAGUUCUUCCCUCUCCCUGAUCCUGAAGGCCGCAGGAAGCAAGAGGUUCCCCCUGUCCGACACCCCAAGGGCGACGUCCUGGAUCCAAGCAAGCACAUUUCACUAGCCCUUCCGGAUCCAUACCUCCCGACCGUUCCUUCAACGGAAGGCAGUACAUUCGUGAUCAAAUCUUACCUGCUUCCGGAUAACAAGACGGGAGUCAUGUACAUCGGAUCCUUUGCAGGCAACUUCGACCAAUUCCAAUUGGAUGUUUACCUCGCUGUCAAUGACCUAAAGAAAAAGGGCGCUUCAAGGCUUUUGAUUGAUCUGAGCAACAAUGGAGGCGGCUUCCUUUGCUUGGGACAAUAUCUCUACGCAUACCUCGCUGCUGACGAGGGCUACGGAGGUUUCACCUCCACUACCCGGUCGCAUCCUUUGGCAGAGAAAGUCAUCGACGGUGUGAUAGGUUAUCGUCUGAACUACCAAUGGUCAUUUUACGCCGGUGAUAACUGGGCCUUCACGAACGAUACACAAAUGCCUUCCAACUAUCACUACCUCAAACCUUCUUUGACCACCACGGUAAACGGGAAGACUGAGAAGACAUCUCAGCUCCUUCAUGAUCGGUGUCGGGAUUGGUUCGUCGUCAACCGACCGGAAACCCCUCCUUUUGACUUGAGCCAAGUAGCCAUAUUCGGAAACGGAGCCUGUGGUUCGACAUGCGCAAUGUUCAGCGCGAUUAUGCGCGAGAAAUUUAACACUAAAGUGGCGAUUGUCGGCGGGAAGCCUGGAGAACCUAUGGAAUACAAAGGUAUCGCAGGCAACCAGGUUCUCGAAUGGUGGGACCUCGACUCGGAGUUGAAGACUACUGGUGCCAAACCUGAUCCUCUUGCGCCUCCUGACCUGCUCGUGAGAGCGAAUAUCAGGCAUAAUUGGCGAACUGCUUACAGCUCUUUGAAUGAGAGCCAACCGCUCGCCUACCGCUCUGAUCCAGCAACGCACCGCCUCUGGUACACGAAAGACACGUACGCUCACCCUCAGAACCUCUGGAUGGAAGCCGCGAAGCUGCUGUUUGAUACAGAUGAAGCGUGA